AAAACAACAGCAAAGUAUUAAUAAAAGCAGCUUAUUAAAGUUGUUUGCAGAGCGAUUUAUUCAAAAUGCAGAUGCAAACGUACAAAUUAGUGGUCGUCGGUGGUGGCGGCGUUGGAAAAUCUGCCAUAACGAUACAAUUCAUACAGAGCUACUUUGUUACGGACUAUGAUCCGACUAUUGAGGAUUCAUACACAAAACAAUGUGUCAUAGACGAUGUGCCAGCUAAAUUGGACAUACUCGACACUGCCGGUCAGGAGGAGUUCAGCGCCAUGCGGGAACAGUAUAUGCGCUCGGGCGAGGGAUUUCUGUUAGUGUUCUCCCUGAAUGAUCAUUCCAGCUUCGAUGAAAUACCAAAGUUUCAGCGCCAGAUAUUGCGCGUCAAGGAUCGCGAUGAGUUUCCCAUGCUAAUGGUGGGCAACAAAUGCGAUUUGGAGCAUCAACGUCAAGUGUCUUUGGAGGAGGCACAAAAUACUAGCAGAAAUCUUAUGAUACCCUAUAUUGAGUGCAGUGCCAAGCUGCGGGUCAAUGUAGAUCAGGCGUUCCAUGAACUGGUGAAAAUUGUGCGCAAAUUUCAAAUUGCCGAGCGACCCUACAUUGAGGAGGGCUACAAGAAGAAGAGCAAAAGGAAGUGCUGUCUGAUGUAAAGAGGCUUUAGCUGUGUAUCUCCUGGUGGCCAGCAAGCAUGAGUUUAACACCAAAAUUAUAAUUAAUAAACGCGCAUCGACUGAGCUAUAGGAUUCUGAUGAGCAAACACGCAACCAGUAAUAAACCCAGCAACCCAAACGAAGAGCAUUUUAUAAACACAUACAGUGAAUAGAUAACGAAGUAUCAAUGAAUCGAAUAAGCUCACCCAAGCCAACGCCACGCCACGCCCACUAACUAUACUAACUGAGCAGCUUAAUAAGCUAAAAACAAAUUAAACUCAAAUGUCCUUGCGUCCUCAAACUACAGAGCAUAAAACAUACUACUUAUAAAUAAUUUACAUACAUACAUACAUAUACACGCAUACUUGUCUACAAGAAUA